AUGUAUUUCUGACUCCUCUCAGGUGCACUCUCUGCCCGUUCUGAUGCUCUUCACUCACCUUGCCACUCUGGCUGACUCCUUUCGCGAACCUUCACCUGACCCAGGAACUUCCUUAGACGAUGUCUAUCGGAUAUUCUAUACGAUACUCCCUAUACUUACUGAGUCUUCUCCACGCCAGAUUCUCCUAUCUUUUCAGACAUCCGGCUUCGAGAUGAUUGUUCACUUUGAGAUCUUCGGCUCUUUCGGCAGUAGGUCGACAAACUCUACGCCUACGUCUUCUUCAGGUAUUGCGCAAGAUUCUAACCUCCGCUUCGAACGACUCCCGAUAUGGUUUUCUAGGCGUUCUCUCCGGGUUUUGGAGCAGGAGCUAUUUGAUUGGCCUUUUUUUUUUAAUUAUCAGAUUGGUACAACCUGCAGUAUCUAAAUUCAGAUUUGUAUCGUCAUGAGACGUAAACACUUUUGUAUAACUACAUAUGGACAGAUCAUAAAACGCUGAUAAACAGUGAGGAGUUUGUGUACCUGAUAAGGCUUUCAUUUUAUACUGAUAGUGCAAUGUGAGGAGCUAUACGUAUUGUGAUCGUAACUUUAUGAGAUGAUCAAAUUCUUGGAUUUUAGUCUGCUCAGGUGAUGCAUUGAAAUAAUAUGUAUUUGGGUAAAAUGCACGAUGAAUUAUUCGCUGCAUGGAUGGUCGUUGGUUAUCUGUUUGGUUACUCACGAGGACAAAGUGCGAAUCGCACGAUGCAGGUACUGAUGCUUGGCGAGAGUAGGUCAACCACAUUCGAACCUGUUGACUCGUGCUGACUAUACUUAUCGCCAUUCCUAUUCCCCACUCGACACUCAGCGUCAUGAAUUUCACUAAUUAAAUUCCAUUGAACUCGAUGAAUUUCAAAGAUCAGAGUUUUCCAUGGUAGAAGAAAAUUCUUAGUCUCUCGAUCGACGCACUUAACGUGUGGAUGCACUUAUACCUUUAUAACGAGCGAAGACUCAAUGCUAAUCGAACAUUAAUUACUGUGUACUUAAUUACGUAGUUAUGGUUAAUGGGAUAUAUUGAGAGUUCGCAUUCGCUUGAUCCCUCUCUCGAUAAUUGUUUAUGGUCAAUCCUCGAGGAACCGUUUUCGGUUAUUGGCACUUAGUGGAGUAACGGUUCCAGUAACGUAGUGAGACCCGAAACUUUCUUCAGCAUACCUGAAAUUAACUACCCUUAAAUCAAUAAGGGGUGUAUUUGGAGGGUUAGUAUAAAUACUCAGCGUAAAUUCUCCUUGGGUCAGUAUUUCUACGAUUUUGAAAGUGGUCUCGUCAGUACUGAAGAGAGUGGCUGGGUAGAGUAACGUUGAACAGUGUAAACUGAUCAGGGGCAAGAAAAAUGAUCAAACUCCUGUGGACGAUCAUCGUCCUAGGUCUAGUCUCCAGUUCGCUAUCCUUGAAUCUGAACGGGAUCCUGGGAAUCCAAGAAGCUCCUUUAAAGAAUCUUGAGGAGCCUGAGGUGGUGGAGAUCAUCCGAUGGCGACAACCAGUCUGCCUGACUCCUGCGAAAGGAGUGCUGCCUUGUCUCUCAGGUCUGAGCGAAAUUCAAUCAAAUUAUAAGAAAAUGAGUGAAAGCGAUAACAAACCGGUAAAUGAAAUCAAGAAUCGCAGCGCCGAGAGUAGCGAAGACGAAGACUCCGGUGUUUCAGUCGAAACCAAGCUGCUCUCUCCCAAAGUUGUAGAUUCGGUAUUGAUCGACGAAUUGGAGCCAUCUUCGUUGGAGGACUCUAAUGAGGAAAGUCAAGAGAGAAUUCUGAGUUUAAAGUCCAGCAUCGCUGAGAAGGAGAAUGUUGAUUCAGAUAAUUAUAGACAAGGAAAAUACCUAGUGCUGUCGGGUAGGGGUAGGAAUGUCGCAUCAAAACCACCACCAAUCUACGUAACCAAAAUUCGGGAUUCUCCUGUUGUAGCUACCCUGGUCGCUUACAAUUGCCUUCCUGACAUUGGUAUUCCUCUCUGCGACGAUGCAGUAACUUAUCCUAAACCAUUUCAAGAUCCUUUAAUUUAUCAAUAUCCCACCAAGCCUACGAAUCCAAGUUAUGUUUCAAACGAGCCUGUAAAUGAUCCUGUUGAUACUUCGAGUGACGCUGGACCAUAUAAUAACGAACCUGAGGAACCAGCUAACUUCUGGGAGAAUCCAAAUAGUCCUUACUACGGUGUCGAUGAACCAAAUGAAUCGUCAUCCAAACCACCGGGAAUUCAGGCAAUUCACGAUUACAUCAAUAAACCGGAUGUUGUUUCCACUAACGAAGAGCCUGAGGUCAAGCCUGUGCUCGUAGUAGAGCCUACCCCAAAACCAGGACUUUUUGGUGGAUUAUGGCGACCAGGAUUCUGGGAUAAAUCUACUACAACAGCCAAACCAAAUGUAGUAGUGAUCCAGCAUCAAAAUCCACCGGUUUAUAUUGUUGAAGACAAACCAUCGAAACCUACUCUUGUGGAAGUCGCUGAGAAACCCAGCUUGGGUGAAAUCCUUCACAAACCUGAGAAUGAUAUCAGCAAUAGACCAGGACUCCUUGAUAUAUUUUCAAAGCCUACAACCGAGAAGCCUGUGAUAAUCGCCAAGCCGACGGAAAAACCCGGAAUCUUUGGCGGUCUCUGGAACAAUCCAACGAGACCAGAGAAUCCUGAUAAACCUUUCACCUCUGUACCAUCAAUUUUCGAUGGAUUUCCAAAUCUUUUCACCAGACCGACAAGCAAACCUUUGAUCAUCGACAGACCCGAUGAAAAACCUCUUCUUGUAGAGAAACCUGUCUAUGUUGUUGAGAAGCCUGUACUUCCUACUCUCACUAAUAUUUUCAGACCUGAAGGUACAACUGCUUUAGAUAACCAAGAUCACGAGGUUAUUAAAGACCCUGUCUACGUAUACCAGAAGCCUGCUCAACAUCCUGGUAUCUUUGGUGGUGUCUUCGGAGGAAGUUACAGUACUACACCGACAACUGCAAAACCAGGAAUUUUCGAUGGAUGGAACAUUUUCAAUAAUAAACCAAAUAACAACAAACCUAUAAUUGUGAUCGACGAACAACCAAGUCCUGUUAUUAUCGAAAGGCCGGAGAAACCAGUGGUGGUUGUUGAGCAACCCGAAAAGCCCAUAGUUGUGGAAGAAAAACCACAUAAGCCAACUGUAGUAGUGCAAAAGCCCUUACUGCCAACGAAACCAAUUCUGGUUGAGGACGUACCAGCAAAACCUGUUGUUAUAGAAGAGAAACCAAUUGUGGUUAAUAUUCCCGAAAAGCCGAAACCUGUUGUUGUUGUAGAUUAUCCAACAGAACCAAUUGUAGUCGUGCAAGAACCGUCAAAACCUCAGAUCCCAGUGAUAGUUGAAAAUAAUCCUGAGCUGCCAUCUUUCCCGAGCAGACCAGGAGCAGUUUAUCCAAUUGGAGGAUCUACAGCAUCCGCCACUGGGGUAUCCGUUACUACUGGCACUGUUACCGGUACCAGUACCGAUACUUUUGCAACGUCUGGCGGAUUUUCGACUUCUGGUCUUUCGACUGGGUCUACAGACACUGCAGCAACUACUUCUGGAUCUGGGGCGACCGCAGUUGCUGGAGCUAACUUUGGAUCAUCAGGAGCUGGAUCUUCUGCAACCAAUAGUGGUUAUCCUGUUGGAUCCUACACAGAAACUGGAACUGGAUCCUACACUGAUGCAGGAGCAUCUUCAGUAAAUACAGGAUCCUACGCAGGAAGUGCUAGCGGAUCGCACGCUACCGCUGGAUCGUCUACAACAAAUACUGGAUCUCACACGGCAGCUGGAUCCCAGGCGGGAACAGGAUCCUACACGGGAACUGGAUCCUACACAGGAACCGGAACUGGAUCCAACGCUGAUGCUGGAGCAUCUUCAAUAAAUACAGGAUCCUAUACAGGAAGUGCUAGCGGAUCGCACGCUACCACUGGAUCGUCUACAACAAAUACUGGAUCUCACACGGCAGCUGGAUCCCAGGCGGGAACAGGAUCCUACACGGGAACUGGAUCCUACACAGGAACCGGAACUGGAUCCAACGCUGAUGCUGGAGCAUCUUCAAUAAAUACAGGAUCCUAUACAGGAAGUGCUAGCGGAUCGCACGCUACCACUGGAUCGUCUACAACAAAUACUGGUUCUCACACGGGAACUGGGUCCUACACAGGAACCGGAACUGCAUCUGACGCUAAUGCUGGAGCAUCUUCAGUAAAUGCAGGAUCCUUCGCAGGAAGUGCUAGCGGAUCGCACGCUACCACUGGAUCAUCUACUACAAAUACUGGAUCUCACACGGCAGCUGGAUCACAGGCGGGAACUGGAUCCUACACGGGAACUGGAUCCUACACAGGAACCGGAACUGGAUCCAACGCUGAUGCUGGAGCAUCUUCAAUAAAUACAGGAUCCUAUACAGGAAGUGCUAGCGGAUCGCACGCUACCACUGGAUCGUCUACAACAAAUACUGGAUCUCACACAGCAGCUGGAUCCCAGGCGGGAACUGCUUCCCACACGGGAACUGGAUCCUACAUAGGAACCGGAACUGCAUCCCACGCUGAUGCUGGAGCAUCUUCAGUAAAUACAGGAUCCUACGCAGGAAGUGCUAGUGGAUCGCAUGCUAGCGGUGGAUCAUCUACAACAAUUACUGGAUCUCACACUGGAUCUGAAAGUGGAUCCUACGUAGUACCUUCCAGUGAAUCUCAUGCUACUGCUGGAGCUGCAGUAACCGAUGAUGGAGCCUAUGCAGCAGCAGAAACUUCAGCCAGUAGUGGCACCGCAGGCAUUGGAUCCACUAUUGGUACCAUGACGGAUACCAUUACAUUCACCAAUGGUGAAGCAGUACUCCCUACCUUGAAGGGUGAUUUUAAUGUAGAAACUGAAGAUACAAAGAAAAACACCUUUAAAACUAAAGCUGAAGAUAUUGAAAACGAAGCCUAAAAUCGUUUCACACACUUUAAUUUAUUAAUUCAUCCUAUCAUCUUAGCACUAUUUAUUUAUACCGUAAACAUGUUGAAUUAAAAAAAAAAGUAUUAAAAUAAAAUAAUCUGCAAUUAAUAAAAUCUAUGCUUCUUGUGGCUUACCUGAUGAACUAAAAAUUAUUCAUAAACAUAU